GGUUUGCCGCAGUCCGCUGCAGUGGUUCGGCAUUCGUUUUUCGGUUUUUUUGGAAGCAAGACGUGGAUCGUGCAUUUUGUGUGUGCCUUGAAAACAGAAAUUCCAACCCCGGAAGUAGGAGACGCGUGGACCCAAAAAAAAGCGAAAAAAAAAACAUCAACUAGGAACACCUAAUUAAAUUUCACCGCCCCAAAAGCGCGUACCACCAACCAACAGCGUGUGCGUGUGUGAUCCGUAGGAGGAAAGGCCAUUCCCUGUCUGCGUGUCCCAUCGUGGUGUGUUCCCUUCAUGCAUUCGUUUCAUGCGCCGUUUGAAACGAAUGUGUGAAGGAAUAUCCACCGAAAUCGUUGCUGCAAAAAGGGGAGAGACUUUGAGGUGGAAAAGAAAAACGCGAACGUUCCCGUGUGUGUGGAAUUUUCCGCUACGAAAUUAGACCGGGUGUUGGAGGGAAGAAGAGAAUCAUAUUGCCAACAGUGCGAGUGUGCGAGUGUGUGUGCAGUGCGAACAAACGAAGUCGUGCGUGAGAAAUUGAAAGAAAGAAAAAAUUCGACCGUCGACGUCAGCGCUCAGCCCUCUGCCCCCGCUAUUCCGCACCCUGCUACUACGGCGAACCAUUCUCAGCGUCUCGGCAUUUGGAAGCAAGAAGGAAAAGAAGUUCCGUGUGGUUGACAACGCGCGGUGCAUCAAAAAAGCGAAACGUAGCAGCAACAACGUGUCCACCAACACCAACAAACACAGUGUGAGUGCGCGUACUUCGUGAUUGGAAUAUUUUUUUCGAAUCGAAUCCCUUCUGUGUGGAUUUCCGGCGGUCUGUUCGGUGGUCAUCGAACGAGAGCAACCCACGUGCCCCGUGAACGCGUCGCGCGUGUGUGUGUGUGUUUGUGUGCGCACGCCGAAUAAGUCGAGUGAAAGUCUCUGAACGCAGAUAUAGGGAAAAACGUCCCGCAGUAGGAAAAGCAGUAACUAACAGCAGCAGCACACAAGAUGAAUCCCGGCGCACCGAACUACCAGAUGGCCUCGCUGUACGUGGGCGACCUGCACUCGGACAUUACCGAGGCGACGCUGUUCGAGAAGUUCUCGUCGGCCGGCCCGGUCCUGUCGAUUCGCGUCUGCCGCGACCUGAUCACACGCCGCUCCCUCGGCUACGCGUACGUCAACUUCCAGCAGCCCGCCGAUGCCGAGCGUGCACUGGAUACGAUGAACUUCGACCCGAUCAAGGGCCGCCCGAUCCGCAUCAUGUGGUCGCAGCGUGACCCGUCGCUGCGCAAGUCCGGCGUCGGCAACGUGUUCAUCAAGAACCUGGACAAAAAGAUCGACAACAAGGCGAUGUACGACACGUUCUCCGCGUUCGGCAACAUCCUGAGCUGCAAGGUGGCGCAGGACGAGAAGGGCCAGAGCAAGGGGUACGGGUUCGUGCACUUCGAGACGGAGGAGUCGGCCAACACCUCGAUCGAGAAGGUCAACGGCAUGCUGCUGAACGAGAAGAAGGUGUACGUCGGCCGCUUCAUCUCGCGCAAGGAGCGCGAGAAGGAGCUCGGCGAGAAGGCGAAGCUGUUCACGAACGUGUACGUGAAGAACUUCGGCGAGGAUCUGACCGAGGAGGCGCUGCGCGACAUGUUCGAAAAGUUCGGCCCGAUCACGAGCCACCGCGUGAUGACGAAGGACGGCAAGAGCCGCGGCUUCGGCUUCGUCGCGUUCGAGAAGCCGGAGGACGCGGAGGAGGCGGUGCAGAAGCUGAACGGCAAGGAGCUGAGCGACGGCAAGGUGCUGUACGUGGGCCGCGCCCAGAAGAAGAACGAGCGCCAGAUGGAGCUGAAGCGCCGGUUCGAGCAGCUGAAGAUGGAGCGCCUGACGCGCUACCACGGCGUCAAUCUGUACGUGAAGAACCUGGACGACACGAUCGACGACGAGCGGCUGCGCAAGGAGUUCGCCCCGUACGGUACGAUCACGUCCGCCAAGGUGAUGCUGGACGAGGGCCGCUCGAAGGGCUUCGGCUUUGUGUGCUUCUCCGCGCCGGACGAGGCGACCAAGGCGGUGACGGAAAUGAACGGCCGCAUCGUCGGCAGCAAGCCGCUGUACGUCGCGCUCGCCCAGCGCAAGGAGGAGCGCAAGUCGCACCUGGCCAGCCAGUACAUCCAGCGCGUGAACAGCCUGCGCAUGCAGCACAUCGGCCAGGUGUACCAGCAGAGCGGCAGCUACUUCAUGCCGACCAUCGCCCAGCCGCAGCGCUUCUACGGGCCGCAGGUGGCGCCGGUGCGCACCGCGCCCCGCUGGUCCGCCAACGCCCAGAUGCGCCCGAACGCGGGCAACCAGAACGUGGCGGCCAAUGCACCGGCCGGCGGCUACCCGGCCAUGACGGCGGCCCACGUCGCCAACAACCAGUACCGCCAGGCGGGUAACGUGCGCGGCGCCAACCAGCAGGCCCCGAACGCCCAGUCGGCCCAGGCCAACUCGGCCGCCAUGCGCAAUGCGGCGCGCCCGAUCACCGGCCAGCAGACCGCGGCCAACAUGCAGACGCGCCCGGUUGCGCCGCAGCUGGCCGCCGGGCAGGCCCGCACGCCCAACUACAAGUUCACGCAGUCCAUGCGCAAUCCGCAGGUGCCGCAGCCGGUGCCGAUCCCAGCUCAACCCGUUGCUCAGCAGGCUGUCAUCGUUAAAGGUCAAGAACCGCUUACCACCAGCAUGCUGGCUGCUGCUCAGCCGGCUGAACAGAAGCAGAUGCUUGGCGAGCGGCUGUUCCCGCUGAUCGAGCUCAUGUAUCCGAAUCUUGCCGGCAAAAUCACGGGCAUGUUGCUCGAGAUCGACAACUCGGAGCUGCUGCACAUGCUGGAGCAUAAGGAGUCGCUCAACGCGAAGGCUGAGGAGGCUGUGGCUGUGCUGCAGGCUCACCAGAAGUCUUCGGCCCAAACCAACUAAGCGACGAACCCUUCGCCUAGCAGCAGCAGCAGCAGUGCAGACGUCGUCCCCCUCGCUCGCGGCUCAGUUGGACACGGAACCACCUAAAGAAGAACCACCUUCUCUUCAUGAUUAUUCAGUGUGUGCGUUCGUUUUGGCGAGGCGUUUAAAAUCAAUCCAACAUUGCCGCGCACCCCCUCAGAUGUAUGUACGAUGAUGGAAGAUGUCACAUGCCGCGGGUGGAUGUUAGGUAAAUUCAAUUAAACGAACCCCAUUUGCACUAUAUAUUCACGGUUGCGGGAUUGUGUGUGUAAUAUUCUUGCGUGUUUUCUGUAGGGGAGGGCAAUUGAUGGGCACGAAGGACGAACUCGCAAAAGAUACAUGAGUGUGGUGGGGUUUUGUGUUCACCUGAAUGAGGGUGGGGAGAUGGCGCUCGGUUAAAUUUUUUUUUUUCAUUAUUCAUACUAUAAUAUUGAAUAUGUCAUUUACUCGUAAACUGCGCUAAAACGAUUUCCCAGCUUUUUAUGCGGAGCACUUUGCGCACACGCUGCAAAACUUCUUAUUAUGAGAUAAUAUAAUCUAUCAAAUAUAUUAUGCAAAAAUAUAUGUAUGAAGUAUAUAUAUAUAUACGAAAAAAUCUACAAAAAAAUGGAAAACAAAUUAUAAAAAUCGUAACUGAUGAAAAAGGUAACUGAAAAAAGAUUGCAAAAUAGAAAUGAAAUCAUCAUCCUCUUGACACAAAGGAGAAGAAAAAGAAGAAAACAACAAAUGAGAGAUGGGUGGUGGUCGAGAAAUGUAGGAGAAGAGAAAACAGCAAAAAAAGCGACACAAGAGCAAGCACAGUAGCAAAAGAGAAAAACAGAAAAUUGAGGAAAAAAACAGUAAACAACAGAAAAAAAUGUCUACAAAGAUUGAAAGAGAAGAGAGUACCUUCAAUAAUUGAACCAUGAAAACAAAACUUUGUCAGGACAAGUGAAAUGUGCUAAAAGUAACUUGCAGAAAAACUUUUUGAAACAACAAGGAAACUACUACAAAUGCGCGAAGCAGUAGAAAGUAUGGAAAUUAAACUAUUCUGUCUCUGCCAAGGCGCAUAUGUUGUGUGAAGAUUAUUGCAAAAGUUUAUGAAAAACAAUUCUGAACUUUUUUGUGAGAAAAAAAAACACAGCAGUACAGUUUAGUCGCGUGUACUGUAGGGUAGUAGUAGUAGUAUCCGACCAACUAGCGAGAAGAGGAGGUUACAAAAAGAAGAAAACACAAACGCAAAAAAUGUGAGCCAAACACAAGCAUACGAUUGGGAAUGUUCUUAUGCAACAGCAACAGCAGCAAAACAAAAAAAGAAGCGAUCCUUAUUUCAAAGAGAUACAACGGAACAACCGAUGCGACAGUCUUUAAAAUGAUGUAAACGAGAAAUAAACAAGCAAAAAAUUGAAAAAUAACAAAAAAAGUGAAAACAAACAUAUAUAAAAACAAAAAAGAGAAAAACUUACGUGUGGAAGACGCGGAUAGAGAGAAAGAGAGAAGAGGACGAAGAAGAGUGGUGUGUGGUGGUAAACACGCGAUGAGGAUGACACGCGUGAGGAGAGGGAGGAGGGAGUAGGAGUUGGGUUGAAAGCGAAUGAUAGAAGCAAGAAACUAGGGAACUACAGCCAGACGGAAGAAAUGCAACAAUUAGGCACGAGAAAAUGGGAUAAAAAUAACAAUA